AUGUAUUACCUUUUCAACCUGAAUGUAAAGCUCGUGAAACCAAGAAAGAAAAAUCCUCUUUCGCGUCUUCGACAUGGAAUACGUUCAAAAUGGUCAUCUGAUGAUUCCGGCCCCUUCUCAUCCUCAUCUCGUUUCCUUAGGCUCUUCAAUCGAGAUUCCCGUGAUAAACUUUACGAAGUUGGAGAAAAUGCUCUUCAAACCGAAAAUGAAGCCUCAGAGGACACAAGUCUCGGCAAAUCGGUCCCCAAGUCCUUGAGUUUCAGCAGCCUUUUUGGUCGUCAGCGUCGCGUAGAGAGUGAAACUUGUGAAAAUGAUGGUCAGAAAUCUGGUCGACCGCAUACUAGACAUCCAUUAACAAUACUCGCAGAGUCCCCAACUCAAGGGGAGAGCAAAUUUAGCAUAAAAAAUCGAUUGAAGUCCAAAUUAUUCGCUAAUGAGCCCAACAGUAGACCUGCUAAUCAAAGUAACAUAUCUGUUCCUGCUCCAACCGGAGAUAAUGAAUCUCGUAAGUUCUUUCUGAUCAAAGCCUAUCUUCAAUAUUUCUAUUUGUGA